CCCAAAAUCAGUUUGAAAGGCAAAUCACUACCCUUCCACCAACUUAACUUGCCAGAAAAACAUAAAAUGUCUAACCCAUGUUCUCAUCUUCGUAAAAUUCUAAAAACCUCAGCAGCAGCACCCACUUCAACACUCUUGCAAUCUGCAAAACCCACUUCAAUCCCCAUUUCAGUCAAAGAACUUGUGGAAGAAUCCAACCUUGAGGAACUUGCUAAAAAGUUCAAGCAAGUUGCAAGUAAUUCUUCCAAGUUUCGCAACCGCCAUAACAUCUAUGAUUUCACCAUUUCUCGCCUCGCCCUUGCUAAGCGUUACAAUCUCAUUGAAGACAUCCUCGAAUCCCACAAAAACUUUGAUGAUAUUACUCGUGAAGGGUUUGCUAUACGCCUCAUUUCAUUGUAUGCUAGAGCGGGCAUGUUCGAUCAUGCCCGGAAGGUGUUCGACGAAAUGCCUGAACUAAAAUGUCCAAGAACUGUUAAAUCUUUUAAUGCUGUUUUGAAGGCGGGGGUGGAAGCUAAGAGGUUUGAGGAUGUCUUUAGGCUUUUCAGGGAGGGUCCGGCUACGCUGUCUAUAAGCUGUGAUGUUCUGACGUAUAAUAUUGUUAUUCAUGCUUUUUGUGAGACAGGUUCGGUUGAUGAGGGUUUAAUGAUGGUUGAUGAGAUGAUGGAGAAGGGAGUGAACCCGAGUGUUGUCACGUUUAAUACUCUUCUUGAUGGGUUUUAUAGGGAGAAGGGUUUUGAAGGAGGGGAAAUUAUAUGGAGUAUGAUGGAUGAGCUCAAUGUGGUUCGAAAUACUCGAAGUUAUAAUUUGAAGAUGCAAGGGAUGGUAAAUGAAGGAGAGCUUAGGAAUGCGGUUGCUUUGUUUGAGGUAUUGGAGAGUGAAGGAUUAAAACCGGAUGUGAGUACUUUCAAUGUGUUGAUGAAGGGAUGUUGUGAUCAAGGAAAUGUAGAAGAAGCAAAAAAGUGGUACAAUGCGUUGCUUGAAAGUGGUGCUAUGCCUAAUAGCAUUACUUUUUCCACCAUUGUUCCUAAGUUUUGUGAUGGUGGUGAUUUUGAUUUGGCAUUCGAGUUGUGCAAGAAGAUGUUCAAGCGGCAGUUUGUAGUUGACGAGGCUCUAUUGCAGCUUGUUGUUAAUGGAUUGGUGAAGGGAUCAUUAACUGAAGAAGCUGAAGAGCUGGUAAAGCUUGGAAAGUCUAAUAGCUAUGUUCAAUAUGAUUUGGUACUGCCUUCAGAUAAUGCCGAGAACUGACAACUCAACCAUUCGCAGUGGAAGUUGGCAGCUUGAUGUGACAAUAUUCUGAGUAUUUGAGCUCAUCAUUCUUCUGCCUGUUUAAUAUACUUGUGCAACUGGUAGCCUUAUCAUUUAUGCUUGGGAUGUUUGAUUCUUAAGUGCUUCAUAACUAGUUAUUCUUGUCUUAGGAACAUCCUUCUAUACGAAGUCUUCCUUUUCAAUUUCAUCUUGGUAUUGGUAAUGUUUUUUGAAGAAAAUCACAUCUAAUUUUGAGACGUAUGCAA